CCUUACCUCUUAUUGCCUCGCGCCGAUUUUGAGCUCAUGCAAGGCAGGCGGCGGCCACGCUUGAUUGAGCCGUUAGUUUAGCUUCGGGUCGAGCGGCAUUGCGGAUUUGGGCGUAGGGGCUGAAGGUGGGGCUGGGUCCAGCGGGUAAUUCGUGCGUCGAGUAUUGGUAAUUAGCUGAUCGAGCGGCCAGCUCGGUAGCAUCUGUGAUGUUAUCCAUCUGCUUGUUCGAGUUAGUUCCGUGCCAUUGAUGGUUUCAUCGAUCUGGGGGAAAAUGAUGCAGUUUGUUUGCUCAGUGUGGGAUUUGGGGGAACAAGCAGUGUAAUCAGGUUGAGACAGUGGCUAACCAAGAUGAAUCUGCACUGCAUCUAUGCAAAUUUAUUUUUGUUACUGGGUGAUACUACUAUUGGAUGUCUCUUUGCUUUAAAAAGUGACAAGCAGGUGGCACCAUUAGGAGGUGGACUAUGCAGCAACUUUGGUGCUAGGCAGGAUCGUGUCAGCUACCACCUAGGUUUGACAAGGAAUUGAAUAAAGAGGUUGCUAUAAAAGUCAUUGAUCUGGAAGAAGCUGAGGAUGACAUUGAAGACAUCCAAAAGGAGAUAUCUGUUUUGUCACAAUGCCGGUGCCCAUAUAUUACUGACUAUUACGGCUCUUACCUUCACCAGACUAAAUUGUGGAUAGUAAUGGAAUACAUGGCUGGUGGUUCUGUAGCUGACCUUCUUCAAGCUGGCCCUCCUCUGGAUGAAAUGUCUAUUUCAUGCAUUCUGAGGGACUUGUUACAUGCAAUUGAAUAUCUACACUCUGAAGGAAAAAUUCACCGCGAUAUUAAAGCGGCAAAUAUUCUCCUCACUGAAAGUGGAGAUGUGAAGGUUGCGGACUUUGGUGUUUCUGCACAGCUGACUAAAACAAUGUCUAGGAGAAAGACAUUUGUUGGAACUCCCUUUUGGAUGGCACCUGAGGUUAUUCAAAAUUCUGAAGGGUACAAUGAGAAGGCAGAUAUCUGGUCUUUAGGUAUCACUGCUAUUGAAAUGGCUAAAGGUGAACCCCCUUUGGCAGAUAUUCAUCCCAUGAGAGUUCUUUUCAUGAUACCUCGUGAGAACCCUCCGCAGCUUGAUGAACAUUUCUCGAAACCAAUGAAAGAGUUUGUGUCACUAUGUUUAAAGAAGAAUCCAGCGGAGAGGCCUAGUGCCAAGGAGCUUCUUAAGCAUCGUUUCAUAAAAAAUGCCCGAAAGACUCCAAAGCUUUUGGAGCGAAUAAGAGAGCGGCCAAGAUUUGCAGGAAAAAGCAUGGAUGACACACAAAAUGGGCAAACACAUGAUGAAGAAGAGGAUUUUGGUACAGGCACUAUCAAGGUCAAUAGGACAAAAGAUACAGCUCCGUCUUUGAGUCAAGGAACAGUUAGGAAAGCUACAGUCAGGGACUUUCCUGAUAGAUCAGAGGGCACGGGAACUGUCCGAGUUGUUUCAAGGCCUCCUCAAAUUGCCUCCACCAAGGAUGGUAGAUCUGAUAUGCCUCAAAGUCCAAAAGCACCAAUACGUACAACUGAUCGAGAAAAUCAGAGGAAGUCAUCAUGGACUGGAUCUGAAGAUUCUCUCUCUCAGAGAGAUACGCAGAGCGAACGUGGGAGAGUAGAAAGUUCUACUGAUGAUAAUGAUCAGUCUGUAAGCGGGUCAGGAACUGUUGUGUUACGCUCACCAAGAGCAUCUCAGUUGUACUCAACAGCUAGCAACCACAGUACCAAGCCUCCCAGCAGAUUUUCCUCAUAUGAAGAUAUGUCUAAUAGUGGGACAGUUGUUCGGACCCAAAAUGAAGACCCAGAAACUCCACGAUCUUCAAGGUCAAGGCUGGGGAUGCAAGAAAAGGCAGCAAAUACUUCUCUUGAGGAUAGUGCCAUUAACCUUGCAGAGGCAAAGGCUGCUUUGCAGGCUGGGUUAAGAAAGGGAAAUGCUCGAGAAAGACCUAUUAUCAGCAGGCAUGAAAAGGGAUCACAUGAGCAUAGAACUUCUGGAGUAAAUAGUCAAGAGGUUCAAAGUGAGGAUGUUGACACGCAGAAAGGUCGUAAAUUACGGCAAUUACCUGAUGGGCAGUCAGCUUCUCGUGCUUCUAGUUCUGUAGCUCCACCUGCAGUCUCAUCAUUGCUACUCCCUUCCCUGAAAGAGGCUACUGGUGACAAGUUUGAUCGGCCUGCUGUUCAUGCUUUCCUUGAUUCCUUGAUGGAUCUAGAACACGAAAUACCUGGAUCAUGCGAAGUACUGGUUGGCAGAUUGCUACACCGGCUAGGGAGCUCAAAGGAUUCCUCAUUGCAAGGUCUUCAGGAGACGGCAAUGUCAAUUUUCACUAAGAAACCUGAAUCCCCCUCUGAAAAAGCAGGCGACAAGAAAUUAGCUAAUAUGCCACCAUUGGCUGCUCCUACCGUAAGCCCGCUGGCAAGGUUCCUUCUCACAAGGUGGCAAAACCAAGUUUCACAAGAUCUUAACUCUGUUUGAUCCCUGUGACUUAGAAAAGAGAUUUCAUGUUUGAUUCGGUGUAUAAUUAAUAUUUUUUUAGUGUACAUAACGCAAUCUUUAGAACUUUACUUCUGCCAGAUGGUCCCAACCACCUGUUAUUUCAUUUGUUGUGUUCAUGGUGAAUAACAUAUUUCCUGCCCCUUUUCCGGUGUAACUGCCACCACCAUACAUGUAUGACAUCUCAUGAACAUUGUAGACAUAUCCAAAAUUUACCAGUUGACAAUACUUGAAGCUUGGUGAAUUGUUUCACCAGAGUUCAGUUAUA